UUACACUCCACGCAGCAGCUUUCUUUUUGUGGGAGGUAACCUGAUUCCCAAGGCAACUGUUGCCACUGCAAAACACUCACAGGCACAGGCAUUUUUCUGUUUAAUCUGUAACUAGUACCAGUACAUACAUUUUCCAUAUUGAUAUUUAGAGUUGUGUAAUGAUUUACUUAUAAUAGAAUUGCAUCUUUAAGAAGAUAAUUAAAUAGUGCAGGAUUUGGCACCUUGGAAAGUUUCAUUCAAAGUCUGGAUUUCUCUGGUGGGUGAACAGAAGAACUUGAACUACAAAAUGAAACUACCCAUCUCUAUCGCUUCCACACCAGUGUGUAUUCCUCAAGACACAACUCCUGUCCGGCAGAGUCGCUGCCUGGUGGUCACUCCCAUGACCUUUCCCAUCAUCUCAGACUCUGCCCGGCUGUGGACGAGCACUCAGAGUAUUCCGAGACUGAACCCUUUACAUCCACCUUUGGUCCAUAAACGCACCGUCAGUCUGGAGACACCAGCUGUACACCACCACAACCACCAGAGGACGCUCAUCCUGCAGAGGAGAGAGCAUUACAGGUAUCACCAAGUGUGGCGAAAACCGUUUUAUGGAACCAGCAGUGAGAGAGAAGAGUACAGGAAGGAGUUGCGAGAGCAGUUAAAGAAGCAGAUGGAGGACAAAUGUGUAGCACUGAAGCUGCAGCUGGCCAGUAAAGUAAAGGAAGCAGAGCAUAUUCGAGAAGUGGACCACAUUGCUCUGUCCAGUGACAGAGAGCAAAGGAUCCAGCACAGCAAAGCAAUGACGGCUUACAGAGAUGAGAACAAGAGGCUAAUGGAGCAGAGCUGGAGGGACAGAGCACUAACACGCUCCCAGGAGGCCCUGAAAGAGAGAGAGCUGCUGUGCCUCAACCCCAUUAACUGGAGUGGAACACUGAAAUAGGUUGAACUUCAACAUCCAGAGUAAAACCUUCAGACCUCAGGCCUCAACGAAGCACUUGGGCAUGUGCGUGUCAGAUUAAAUGGAAUACAACAUAUAUAGUACAUGCAAUUAGUGCUGGGAUAGCCUUUGAAGGUACUUUAAGAGGGAUAUUUCUAGGAUUUUCUAAACUGGGAUGAACCAAAUGAAGCUCUCCAGUAUUUUUCUGUAUAUUUAAAAAUGUUUGUUAUUUCCAAUCUUACCUUAUAAACAUUCUCUUAUUUGCUGCUGUGGGUUCCAAUACAGUAAAUCCACAAUUUAAGAGUACUCCAUUGAUUUGGCAUUGCACCCUUCAACCUGCUACCUACAUUAUGCUAGUAAUGGCUACUGUAGCCUCAAGCAGAGAUGAAGGAUGGGCCUCAGAGGUCUGGCCAAUCUCUGUCAAUGUACUCUAACUCUACACCCCCAGUUGUUUUUUUUUUAUUUUCAAACUUGUGGUCUUUAUACUUAAUUUUAUCAUAAUUUUUAAAUCAGAUUUCACACAGCUCCAUCUGCCACAGAAGACUUUAUACAACUAUUCACAUACAUUUAUUAGUAAAGCAAGACCUGCAAACUUUGAUGUGUAAAAUCAGUGGACUUCCCCUUUAAGAAUGAUUGACUUCCAGCAUGUCUUAUAAUUUAUCAUGCAACAGGAAGUAAAACAUCCUUUUCCUCAUUCUGUUUAUGUAAAGAGCAGAGGAGGCCUGACCAAAUGAAAUUAAAAUUUUGAAUAAAAAAAAACAUGAGAA